AUGAACAAAAGGUUAAAUGAAUACUCUUUGAAUGCUUAUCAAGUAGUUUGCUUGGUUAUUGGAUUGGGUUGUGUCUGGUGUAGUGCUGAUGAGGAUUCAGAUAAGAUGGGGUUGUUUGAUAUAUCUAAAAGGCUCAUGUUAGAUAUAGAUAGUCAAAUAGUAUCGGUUUAUGAUGAGAUAACCAAUGCAAUAAAAGAGCUGAGAAUCUUAAAGAAUCAAACAAAGCAAAUAUAUCGAAUAAAGCAGUGCCAACAUGAGGCUUCUGAGAACAUGAACUCAACCCAAAGCGAUUGCAGCUUCUCUGACAAAUCAAUAGAGAGACUCAGGCAGGAGGAGGCUUAUUUGAUAUCUCAACUAGUCAGAGAAGAAGUAGUACAGAAAAGUAUUGAUGUAAUUAUCCGGAAACUAAGUGAAUGGUUAUAUGAAUGUAAGAAGAUCCGGAUACAAAAGGAAUCGCGAAUAACAAACAUAAAUAAGCCAGAAAAUCUAACAAAACGACUAAACCAAAUUGAGAGUGACUUAAAGGGCCUACAAAAACGAUUCCUCGAAUUAAACAGAAGCGGAUUUGAAAGUGCUUAUCUAAUCCCAAUACUAACUCAAUACAAUACCAUCCUAUUGGGUUAA